CCGGGCUGGGACAGGCGGAGCGCCCGCCCCUCCGCUCGCCCCACCUGAGCCGGUUCGGCAGGUUUGAGGUGGAGAGGCGGCCGGGAGAGCGCUGGAAUCCCGCAGGGUCCCGCAGAGCUGCCCCUGCCCCCCAUGGCCCCCCGCCUGUGCCCGAGGUGAAAGCAGAAAGGACAGUAACUUUGUCCCCUCUGAAUACCACAAGUGCAGGCAGCAGUGUUACCAGCCCCCAGCUGCAUCCCUGGCAGUGUGGAACUGGACAGUCUCAUGGCUGCUGCAGACCCUGUCCCGUCCCCCGAGGAGGUGGCUCUGCUGGAGCUGGGGAAGGUGGCCCUGGACAAGGUGCCACCAGCCCCAGAUGAGCACCUGGGGGACCCUGAUGCCACCCUGCCAUGGGAGCAGAGUCAGCACAGUGCCCGGGGCCAGGUGGAGUUCGUGGAGACAAAGAAGCGCUCGAGUCCUGAGGGGGGCCAUGAAGACCCAGAGGAAGCUGUUCCCACCUGCCCAACAGUCGAGGCCGAAGAUGAGGAAGUUCCCCAGCUGCCCGUGAUGGCAGCCCACGUCUUUGUGCCCAUCGACCCGCAGUGCAUCGAGCAGAGCCCCUUCAAGCAGAAGCAGCACCCCACCCCAUGGCCCCGGGAGGAGGGCAGGGGGGAUGUUCCCCCCAGUGUCCCCCCCAGUGACAGACCCAGCAGCCUCCACCACAAGCAGGUCUUCCUCCCCCUCGGCCCCUCACGCUACCGCAACCCACUGGGCUUUGAGGGGCGCAUGGCCAAGCCCCCGGCUGAGGGGUCACAGUGCCUGUGUGCCAGGGACUGUGGCACUGAUAACCUCAAAGCUGUGGCAUCAGUGGCAGGGGCCCUGCUCCUCUGCCCUUGCCUCAUCUAUGGAGCCUACAUCUUCUUGCCCUUCGAUGCCCCACUGCUGCCCAACGUCAGCGCCCGCCUGGUCUACACAUUGCGCUGUGCCACCUUUGCUACAUUCCCCAUUGUGCUGGGAAUGAUCGUCAGCGGCAUCUCUCGCCUCUGCUCCUCUGCCCUGGAGCCCUUUGGAGAGCUCCACCAGGAGGUGGAGAUCCACCGCACUUAUGUCUCCCAGUCUGUCCACCUCUUCAUCCUCUACUUCUUCAACAUGGCCGUGCUGGCCACCUACCUCCCACAGGAGCUCCUCAAGCUCAUUCCACUGCUCACAGGGCUCUUCGCCAUCUCCCGGUUGAUUUUCUGGAUGUCCUAUGCCAUCGGCCGCUCCUUCCGAGCCUUCGGCUUCAGCAUGACCUUCCUGCCACUCCUGGCCAUGCUGCUCUGGAACCUGUAUGGCAUGUUUGUCCUGGAGCCCGAGAACCUCCUCUCCCUGGCAGCGCCAACGCCCGAGGGCCACUCCAAGGAGAGCCGAGCUAAACUCCGGCACUGGGGCUGAGGGAGGCCAGGAGAUGGGGUGCCUUGACCCUACAGGUGUGAGCCCUCCUUCUUGCCCUGCUUCAAGAGUCCUGACAGCACAGGGGUGCUCACAGAUCCAGCUGGGCCCCUGCUCUCUGCCUGGACACAAGGAGGUUUUGCUGGGCUCACAGAACCAGGCUGCAAACCCUCUGCACCAGGAGACUCCUGCUGGAAGGUGAACAAGGCCCAGAGCAGGACACAGUGAGCCCUGUUCCCUGGGAAUGGGUGGGAUUUGCUUCCCCUCCUGCUGGAACCAGCUUUGCCCAAUAAAGCCCUUACCAAGCA